AUGUCUGGUUUUUGGACAUCUCAAACUCACAUGGCGACACGAACAGCUCUCUUUCUGGUAGCUCUCGCCUCUUCGACGAUUGCAGAAUGUUACUGGCCCAACGGCGACACUGCUGUAAAUUAUGUUUCCUGUCCUGAUAGUAAGGUCUGCUGCCUGAAAGGCGAGGCCUGCCUCUCGAAUGGUAUCUGUUACGCGGGGAGAUACAACAUUGCCUACCGCGGUGCCUGCACCGAUUUGUCAUGGCCGAUUGGCUAUUGCCCCCGGGCAUCAAUCACAGACCAAUGGGCUAAUCUCUUGACAUGCUCUGGCACCGCGACAGGUAAUUUUACUUGCAGUACUGCAGUCGAUGGCAAGACUGCCUGUGAGCAGAAUAUAGAAACAUGGACGUGGGAGGGAGACUCUGGUGUCAAUGUGACUGCGGCUCAGAACGGCGUCUUGUCUACCUCAUCAACCAACACAUCAUCUUGCUCUACGAACAACUCUUCCAGCUCUUUGGGCGAUUCUUCAUCCACUACGUCUUCAGCAAAUUUCACAACAUAUACCUCUGAGUCAGCCUCAAAUAAAAGCGCCUCGAAUAAGUCAGAAGUUGGACUUGAAGUAGGACUAGCUGUGGGCCUAGGCGUACCUUUGAUACUGGCUGUGUCGGUCUUAGCGUUCUACUGCCUUCAAGUGCGACGCCGAUCCAAGGCUACUGGGAAUACCCGAAACGAACUUUGGAAUGUAACUGAAUAUCGUUCGAGCCCGAUGAUAACGACUCAGGGAGUAUCUAAUCGACUAUACGAAUUAAAAGCAGAGAGCGAUCCGACGGAACUACAUGGAUAA